AUGUUAACUCAAAUUCAAAGACUUGCCAUGCUAAGUAUCACUAAGUGUUUUAGGACAGUAUCCAAUGCUAGCUUAUUUAUUUUAAGUGGAUGUGAGCCAAUCUUUUUGAUUGCUCAAAGAGAUAGCAUUUUAUUUCAUUUAAAACAUGGCAGAAGUCAUGCUCAAAGUUUUGAUUUACAAGCAGAUGCUUCAAAUAUUGAGAUUGGUGGAUUAAUUAAUGAUGUUCAUCCUGCCUUAAUAACUGAUUAUUUUUGGGACAAGAAGGUUCCAACUCGUGAAGGUCACGAGAUUUUUACAGAUGGUUCAAAGAUUGGUGGUAAAGUUGGUUGUUCUUUUAUUGCGUAUUCAAAUGGAGAGAUUGGAUGUAACAAAAAGUUCAGAUUGAGUGAUAAUUCUACUGUUUUUCAGGCAGAAGUUUUUGCCAUUUUCAAAUCCUUGGAGUGGAUAUUAUAUAAAGAUAUUAAAAAUGAUGUUAAUAUAUAUUCGGAUAGCCAAAGUGCUUUAUUGGCCAUAGUUUCUGGUAGAUCUGUUACCAAGUUGGUGUAUGAUACUCAUUUUCUUUUGAUUGAAAAUUUAAAGGAAAGAAAAAUUAAUCUUCAUUGGCUUAAAGGACAUAUAGGGCAUGAAGGAAAUGAAUUUGCUGACAUUUGCGCUAAAAAAGCUACAUUAAAAAAUACAAUUGAUAUAUCUUUACCUACUUCAAUAGAUAUCUUUUUAAAAAUGUUUUAG